CUGAACACUGUAUAUAAAAAAAACUGUUUUUAAAGAAAAAUAUAAACAAUUUAUUCUAAAGUCAUAAUUUAACUCUUUCCCUGCCAGCAUUUUUAAAGUUGCCAGCCGCGCUGAUCAGAAUUUUUGAUCAUUUUCACAAAACUUUCAUGGCCCCAGAAUAUUUUGCUGAAUGAAUAUCUAAACAUGUAAUAUAUCAAUAUAUAUCAAAAGCCUCUGCUUAAAAAAAAAAAAUAUAUAUAUAUAUUUUACAUAUAUAUUUUUAGCAAUGCUUCUGUUGCUUGUUUCUGCUCCUGUGUUUUUGUGUUUUGAUCCAGAGAUUCUGUAUUCUUUCAGAAGAUGUAUAAUAGCGCCCCCUACCGUAUAACAGUGAAAUCAUGGAUUGCCGGAAAAUUCCAUCAAUGGUGGGGAAAGAGUUAAAGGCAAUAUUAUGGAAGCUCUUUUCUGCCACAGAAUAAAAAAAAAAAAAGAUAAUUAAGUUAAUAACAUGUCUUGAACACUGGGGUGGGGGACCAUUUAAAAAAAUAUAUAUAUUCACUUUUAUUUGUGUCAAACAUUCAAACAUAUGUCGUCACAUUCAGUUAUGAAUUACAUUAAUCAUAUCAUACUAAUCAAAUAAUAGCAUGUUUUCAAUUAAAAAAACGUUGAGUAUUUUGCAUCUCUGGAUUUUACUGUCAGUCGCUGAAUAUUUCAAUCAUAAAACAGUCAUCAAAUAUUAAAUGUUUAGCUACUCGGCAUGUACUCUUUCACUGCUAAAAUGAAAGGGAAUUCGCACUCGUCUUCUGUGAACUGUAAGCCCCGCCUUCUUUGAUUUGAUUGGCCAGCUCACUCAUUCUGACAGUGACGAGCGUUGUUAGAGGCAGACCAGCUGAAAAAUGUAACUUUUAAAUGUAAAAAUGUAACAAUUUGGCCAUUUCUAGUUAUUGGUGACUUGUCCCCCUCAAUGUCUAUGCUGGUUACGGCCCUGGAUAAUUGAGACUUUUUAUCUCACACUUCUGAUUUUAUUUCUCAGACUUUGCAGCUUUAUUUUACUCAAUUCUGAGAAAAAAAGUCAGAAUUGCGAGAUGAAAAUUCGCAAUUACCUUUUUUAUUUUUAAGCUUCCAUACAAUAUAACAAAUAUUCCCAUGAUGAAUAAAUACACAGCAACAACUUACAUUUCUGUUAAUGUCACUUAAUUUAGAUUGCAGUGUUUUUGCCGUUGUGGUUUAGUGUGUGUGUGUGUGUGUUUUGUGGAGGCGGGGUGUAUUCAAAGCCAUUGGGUGUGUGGGGGUGAAAGUGUGCCCCUCUGUCAUUGGCUCUGGGCCUAAUGUCACAUUAUGCGUCUCAUUGUGUCUUUGUGAUGCUGAGGAGUAUAAAUGCAGCCCUCUCAGUGUUCACACACACACACACACACACACACUCCUCCUGCAGACCGACGAACUGAAUCCUCAGAGAACGGCAGCACCGGGACACGCCGCGAUUUAGCAAGUGGAUUGUUCUUAAGAAGUUCGAGGAAGUGAUUUCAAGAUGGAUUCUGAUGCAAGUUCCACAUGCAGUCGGUCUUCUUCACCUGACCUGGCUGUGGACUCCAGCUUCUUCUCCAACAAGAUGUUCCAAGCUUACGGAGAAACGGGGCAGCCCAGGUCUGAGAAAGUUUCUGGACGGCCGCAGAGCUCCGACUCCAGCGCCAAGAGCCGCGCACGGGCGGAUCGCCCCAAAGACGACCUGCAAGAUCUACGACUCAAAGUGAACAGCCGCGAGCGCAAACGCAUGCACGACCUCAACCAGGCUAUGGACGGGCUCCGGGAGGUGAUGCCCUACGCGCAGGGCCCGUCUGUACGCAAGCUCUCCAAAAUCUCCACCCUGCUCCUCGCCAGAAACUACAUCCUCAUGCUGUCCAGCUCUCUGGAGGAGAUGAAGAAGCUGGUAGGUGAUGUGUACGGAGCAAGCGCUCAGAGUCACUCAGCUAGACGGGUUUUACCGCCGACUUCGGCUGCUCCGGCCCCCCAGUUGCAGCUGCUCUCGCUUGCCCCAUCGCUGCACUCUCUGGUGGGCAGCACCUCGGCUUCGACCCCCACCGUGGCUCAAGCCCCUCACUCUCCACCCUCGGCCGGGUAUCUGGGCUUCCCUGCUCCGCACCUUCCCACCCUGCUGAAAGACCCUCUGCAUCUCUCCAGCGGAUACAGGCAUUUCCCCGGCAUGCCUUGCCCCUGCUCCCUCUGCCAGCCUCUCCCUGCUUCCACAGCCAGCCUGCACAGCCUCUCCAUGGGGAAGUGAUUCAGGCGAGGCCCAGGCUCCAGGCUGGAGUAGGCCAAAGUUGAAUUACAGACUCAAAAAGAGCUGAAAACAUCUGGAUGUGUUUCUAGUUGUGUUGUAUACAUUGUAAAUGUCCUGUACAGAAUUUGUUUUUUCUAACAAGCUGCUGCUAUUUUUGUACUGAAGAAUGUUUUGUAAUGUCAUAGCUGUCUGAAUGCGUUUUUUAAUACUCACUGUAUGAACACUGUAUAGGCUUGGAUGUUCUUUGUAGCAAAAUGGAGAUUGAAAACGUAUAGUUUUGUUUCUUAAAUUAAA